CCUUAGCACUACAAGUCGCGAUAAGACGGUAUCACUAAUUGUUUAUUCGAAACUAUAUAAAUUCAUGUAAACUUUAGUAUAACUAAAUGUGUAUUCUACGUUUGCCUGUUGAUGUUGAAUAAUGUUAAACUUUUCGGUAGAAAUUAUUUGAAAUUAAAAUGGAACACGGAACAUCUCUUGAUUGGCUGUGGCAAUCCUUUAUUAGAUAUAGUGGCCAGUGUCGAUAAGGAUUUACUGGAAAGGUACAAUUUAAAACCGAACGACGCAAUCUUAGCCAGAGAUGAGCACAUGCAUCUGUAUAAAGACCUUGACGAGAAAUAUAAUGCCGAUUAUAUGGCAGGCGGUUCGGUACAAAACACAUUGCGCGUGUGUCAGUGGAUUUUGGGAACCCCGAAAGUAGCCACAUUUUUUGGUUGUGUUGGUAAGGACGAUUACGCGAAAAUUUUGGAAAAAAAAGCCACCCAAGAUGGAUUAAAUGUGCGUUACCAAUAUACAAACGAGGCGCCCACCGGUACUUGCGCUGUACUAAUUACAGGUACUCACCGUUCUUUGUGUGCCCAUUUGGCAGCUGCUAAUCAUUUUACUAUUGACCAUUUACAAAAGCCGGACAGCCGCCAGUUAUUGGAAAGUGCUGACUAUUUCUACAUAUCGGGCUUUUUCCUUACCGUAAGUCCACCUAGCAUUAUAGAAAUAGCGCGGUAUGCGCACAAACGCAAACGCACAUUUAUGAUGAACUUAAGCGCUCCCUUUGUAUCGCAAUACUACAAAGAACAACUAAUGGCUGCCAUGGUCUAUGUAGAUAUACUUUUUGGCAAUGAGGAGGAAGUCGAAACGUUCGCUCGCGAACAUAGUUGGCAUGCUAAAGAUCGCAAGGAAAUUGGUCAAAAAUUAUUGAGUCUGCCUAAAGAGAAUUCUGAGCGCGAACGUAUUGUUAUUAUCACACAAGGCCACUACCCAGUACUACUCUUCCAGGGUAAUAAUAUUAAAGAGUUUCCCGUUCAACAAUUGAGUCGGGAACAACUUGUUGACACAAACGGUGCCGGGGACGCGUUCGUUGGCGGUUUUUUGGCUCAAUACAUAAAAAAGAAAUCCCUAGACGUUUGUGUGCGAUGCGGCAUUUGGGCUGCUUCACAGAUCAUACAACGCAGCGGCUGUACUUUUGAAGGCAAACCAAGUUUUCAAGAAUGAAAUCGCGAACACUAUAGCUUUUUAAUCUUUUAUAUUUUGAACACUUUUAAGAAUCGCUGCAAGCUCGUCUUAAACUUCGAAAAUGAUGACAUAGUCAUUAGGUAACAGUUGUUUGCAUUUCGCUUUAUAACAGGGUUAUCAGCGCCUCUAACUUUUUUUUUUUAACUUCCAAACUUAAUUAAUUGAUAUUUUUUCUUAAUUUGCUUUAAAUAAGUAAGAUGGUUGUAAUUAUUAAGUUUAUAGAAGGUAUUUAUUUUUGUUUUAACAGCACAUAAGUAAAUAAUAAAUUUGAGAUUUUUCCUUUUUUUCGGUUUUUAAAUAAGAAUUUUGCACAUACUAUGUAAAUAAUUGUGUUAUUUCUUAAAUAUUUUUUAAAGACAAAAAAAAGUAACGAUUUAAAAUAAACACAAUUACUUUUUUUGUUUUUU